UCCCCACAUCAACCGCCCAAAGUGUCUGCCCCACAUCGAGCUUUCUCACGGGUCCCCGUGCUCCCCUGCCCGCCGAAACUACCACCAACCGCCGCCCGGCCCCCAGCUCCUCUCGCUGCUCUGCUCCCCGCCCUCCGGGGAACCGGCCGAUGGAGUUCUCCCGCCGCGGCCCAGCCACCGACGGUGUCGCCGACGGCCACCGCUGCCCCGACCCUCCGCCGCACGGAGACGCGAUGCUGGUGAUGAGGGAUGCGCUGCUGUGGCAGCUCCACAAGGACCGCCUUCGUCAGGAGAUCAUCGUGGGCGAGCUCGCCAAGAUAGAGCGCACCGUGGCACUUCGCGCCGCGUCCGGUCACCACACCACGGCGAUGCCCCGGGACAGCAUGCCACAGCCCAGAGGACCCGUCUUCGGCUGGGAACACUACGGUGACGUGAGUGAGGAAAAUGAUGUGAAGCUACCGCCAAACAACGACAGGGAGACUGCGGAAUCCAGAUUUCCAAAGCCCGUCGGGGAAGAUCGUGCCAACAAAUCCUGCAACACCUGCAAAUGUGGUGGUAAUGCGGGUCCACAGAGCUCAGCAUUUGAUGAUCCGAAACUGCAAGAUCCCGUUCAGACUGUUCCUCCAAGUAAAACAUCGCCUGCGGUGAAGUGGGAACUGACAGGAAUAACCAUACCAGUUAAGAAGCCGAAGCCGAAGCUACCCAUGACAUGGAGUUGCACCGUGUGCCAGGUGCUGGUAAACAUUGAGAAGGUCGUACAGAAGCAUUGUGCUGGGAGGAUGCACCAGUCAAAUAUAGCAACAUUGGAAUCAAGAAUUAAGGCCAUCAGUGGUCAGAAGGCGAAAAAAGGAGCAAAACCUUCUACUGGUACAGAUGAGAUAAAAACAUCUUCAAUAAGAUGGAGUUGCAGCACCUGCCAGGCCAACGGUUUAUGCCAAUCAGACUUAGAGGAACACCUCAAAGGCACAGAACACCAGCACAACAUCGUAGCUUCAUGCAAAGAAGGCAGUAACAACGAUAUGGUGAAGAACAUUGCACCGGAUGAAGCAAAAUCGCACAAGAGCAAUGUGCCACAGCAUGCAGAAAAGGCACAUUCGGUAGGCUGCAGCACUUGCCAAGUUAUCUGCGGCCGCGAAUCAGAUCUGCAGAUCCACCUGAAGGGUAAAAGGCACUUGAAUAAGAUUCGAGCCGUACUCGAAGAGAGCAAGAACGUUGCAGCCUUAUGCCAAGAAGGCAGCAACAACGAUGUAGCGAAGAACAUUGCACCGCAUGAAGCAAAAUCGCACGAGAGCAAUGUGUCACAACAUGCAGAGAAGCCACCUUUAGUAGCUUGUGACAUUUGCCAAGUUAUCUGCGGCCGCGAAUCAGAUCUGGAGAUCCACCUGAAGGGUAAAAGGCACUUAAAUAAGAUUCGAGUCCUACUUGAGGAAAGCAAGAACAUAACCAUGGACCCUGAGGCACACAAAACAGACUUAAACCAGGACAGUGCGCCACAACAUAUGGAGAAAACCAAUUGCGAAUUAGACUUGGAGAGCCACCUCAGAGACGAGAGACUCCAACUGAAUAUUCAGGCUCUUGGCGAGAAAACCAAGCAAGAGAAAAGCAAUCCACAAGAAAUUGCCAAGGGCCGAAUACCAUCAUCAGAAUGGGAUUGUGCUACUUGUAACUCCAAAGCUCAAUUUGAGCACCACUGCACAAAUAGAAGAGAUCAACGGAAGAUCAAUGUGAUACUCGGCGAAGAUGAUAUUGCGAAAGUGAGCAGUCUUCACAUCGAAGUCCCAUGCAAAGAAGGAAGUAACAACGAUAUGGUGAGGAACAUUGUGUCACGGGAAGCAAAAGCGCAUCAGAGCAAUGUGCCAGAGCAUGCAGAGAAGCCACCGUCAGUAUGGAGUUGCAGCACUUACCAAGGCAUCUGUAACUGUGAAUCAGAUUUGGAUAUCCAUCUGAUGAGUAAAAGAAUCCAAGAUAUAGUAAAAGAAUGCAGGAACAUUGCAAUGAAUUCCGAGUCACAGAAUACAAAGGUGAAUCCAACUAGUGUGCCACAACAUGUAGAGGAAACGAAUUGCCAAUUAAACUGGGAGGGUCACCCCGACCUCAGAGAUGAGAGACUCCAACCAAUGAACGAUCGGGCCCUUCGCGAAACAAUCAACCAAGAUAAAAACAACCCAGCAGAAAUUGCCAAGGACCAAAUUCCAUCCUCAGAAUGGGAUUGCGCUAUGUGUGAGGUCAAAUGUAAUUCUAAAGCCCAUUUCGAGCAUCACUGCACAGGCAGAAAGCAUCAGCAAAAAAUAAAUAUGACACUCGGUGAAGGCGAUAUUGCAAAAGUGAGCAGUCUCCACAUCAAAGUCCCAUGCAAAGAAGGCAGUAAUAACGAUAUGAUCAAGAACAUUGUGUCACAGGAAGCAAAAUCGAAUCAGAGCAAUGUGCCAGAGCAUGCAGGGAAGCCACCUUUAGUAGGUUGCAGCAUUUGCCAAGUUAUGUGUGGCCGUGAAUUAGAUCUGGUGAUCCACCUGAAUGGUAAAAAGCACAUAAAGAAGAUCCGAGCGCUACUCGAAGAAAGCAAGAACAAGGCAAUGAAUUCUGAGCCACAGAAAGCAAACAUGAACCCGGAUAGUGUGCCGCAACCUGCGGAGAUAACAAAUUGUGAAUUAGACUGGGAGAGCCACCUCACAGAGGAGAGACACCAUCUCAUGAAUGAUUGGACCCUUCAUGAAAAAAUCAGCCAAGAUCCACCAGAACUUGUGAAUGACCAAAUACCAUCUUCAGAAUGGGAUUGCGCUGUAUGCCAGGCCAAAUGUAACUCUAGAGCUCAAUUUGAGAAUCACUGCUUAAGCAAAAAGCAUCAACGGAAGACCCAGAUGAUACUCAGCAAAAGCGAUAUCGCUAAAACAGGUUGUCUGGAGGCCCUGGAUGAACUGCCUUCGGAUGGCUCGAAUAGCAAGAAUGAACUACCUUCGGACGGCUCCAACAGGGAGAAUGAACAGCCUUCACCGAACAUGGAGGAGCAGAAGGCAUCGAACUUUUGCGGUAGAAUGCUAGAACAUCAUUGUAUCGGAGGAAGCCCCGAGCAAAGCUCAAUGCAAAGAACUGGCAUGUGUUCAUGUAUCCAGGUGUACGGUUGUUAGGGGAAAUUGCAAUGCAUGAUGAUGUAUGUACAUUCGAAUCAUAUGGUGGCAUUGCGAGAAUCUUAUAUAAGUCGUUUCAGGACAAACUGCCGACUGUUAUUUUAUUCUGUGAUACAACAUGUUCAU